AAGAUGUUAAACGCACACACUUCCUCAAUUUAUGCAAGUAAAAGCGCGCCCUCACUGUAGACUUGUUAUUGCAGCAUAGCUAACUAGCUAGCUAUAUAACUUAUUGAUUGCAUUUCUAGGUAGAUCCAUCGUUUGGCUCUUUGAACUUUUCUUGAAUUAAACAACAUCUCUCUAGAAAAAUGAUCCCAGAGCUGUCCAGUCCCUCAGUGUUAAUGAGGGACCCUCAGAGGGUGGAGGAGAUCAUCAAGGCCAUGCAGAAGGCUGGCACCAGCAAGAUGCAGGUGAUUUCAGAUUUUGACAUGACCCUCACACGGUUUUCCUACAAUGGGAAGCGGUGCCCUACCAGUCACAAUAUCCUGGACAACAGCAAGCUCAUCAGUGAGGAGUGCAAAGCACAGCUGAAGGACCUGCUCAACACAUAUUACCCCAUAGAGAUCGAUUCCAAACUGACAGCGGAGGAGAAGCUGCCCCUCAUGGUGGAGUGGUGGACUAAAGCCCAUACUCUUCUGGUGCAGCAGCGCAUCAGGAAGGACCUGCUGCGGGAUGUGGUGAAAGAGUCCGAUGCUAUGCUCAGGGAGGGCUACCAGCUGUUCUUUGACCACCUGCAGGAGCACAGCAUCCCUCUGCUCAUCUUCUCUGCUGGGGUAGGAGACGUGCUGGAGGAGGUGAUCCGCCAGGCCGGGGUCUUUCACCCCAACGUCAAGGUCUUCUCCAACUACAUGGACUUUGAUGAGACUGGAGUGCUGAAGGCGUUCAAAGGGGAGCUGAUCCACAUCUAUAACAAGAGGGAGGGAGCUCUGCUGAACACGGGCCACUUCCAGGAGCUCAAGUCACGCCACAACGUCCUGCUGGUGGGAGACUCUCUGGGGGACCUGACCAUGGCUGAUGGGGUGCACAGCAUGGAGAACAUCCUCAAGAUCGGCUUCCUCAACGACAAGGUGGAGGAGAGGAAGACGUCCUACCUGAAUGCUUAUGACAUCGUGCUGGUGAAGGAUGAGACCAUGGAAGUGCUGAACGCCCUGCUGCUCCACCUCACCGGCACCAAGUGACCUGACCAUGAACUUCAUCUCACUGGCCAAUCAGUAACGAGCCUUCCGAAGCUACAGGAAGUAUGUCGUACUGGUUUAGCAAGCUCUUGCUCAGGAAGUGCCCGUAGUCAGAUACCAUGAGCCAAGUCAGAAUGGUAUUGUUUUUGGUUUGUCUUUUACUAAAGCUCCAAUGGCUGUUUGUGUGGGCCUCUGGGAUGGGUCUCAGACUGUGUUUUGGAGUCGUCCUUCCACGCUCCUCCAGUUGAGUCCUUGUUGAACACUUACAACUUGAGAGCAACAUCCGUUAUAGUCCUAAAAUUUGAUUUGAUUUACUCGACAACCCUACUGUCACAUUCUCAAUUGUUUACGAACCGUCAAUAGUCCAACUGAAAAGGGACAGGAAAACUAGGUGACUUCCCCAUCUGGUAAAUGGGUUGGGUUCGUGGGGAGAGAAACGUGACUGGUGAUAUGUAUGCCCUGUCUACAUAUGAGGAAUAUACAGUACCAGUCAAAAGUUUGGACACACCUACACAUUCCAGGGUUUUUUCUUUAUUUUUACUAUUUUCUACAUUUUUUGAAUAAUAGUGAAGACAUCAAAACUAUGAAAUAACACGUACGGAAUCAUGUAGUAACCAAAAAAGUGUUAAACAAAUAUUUUAGAUUCUUCAAACCAGCCACCCUUUGCCUUGAUGACAGCUUUGCACACUCUUGGCAUUCUCUCAACCAGCUUCACCUGGAAUGCUUUUCCAACAGUCUUGAAGGAGUUCCACAUAUGCUGAGCACUUGUUGGCUGCUUUUCGUUUACUCUGCGGUCCAACUCAUCCCAAAUCAUUUAAAUUGGGUUGAGGUCGGGUGAUUGUGGAGGCCAGGUCAUCUGAUGCAGCACUCCGUCACUCUCCUUCUUGGUCAAAUAGCCCUUACACAGCCUGGAGGUGUGUUGGGUCAUUGUCCUGUUGAAAAAUAAAUGAUAGUCCCACUAAGCGCAAACCAGAUGGGAUGGCGUAUCGCUGCAGAAUGCUGUGGUAGCCAUGCUGGUUAAGUGUCCCUUGAAUUCUAAAUAAAUCACAGACAGUGUCACCAGCAAAACACCAUCACACCACCUCCUCCAUGCUUCACGGUGUUAACCACACAUGCAGAGAUCAUCUGUUCACCUACUCUGUGUCUCACAAAGACACUGUUUGGAACCAAGAAUCUCAACUUUGGACUCAUCAGACCAAAGGACAGAUUUCCACCAGUCUAAUGUCCAUUGCUCGUGUUUUUGGUCCAAAGCAAAUCUCUUCUUCUUAUUGGUGUCCUUUAGUAGUGUAUCUUUGCAGCAAUUCGACCAUGCAGUCUCCUCCUCCUGAUUCAUGCAGUUGAUGUUGAGAUGUGUCUGUUACUUGAACUCUGGGAAGUAUUUAUUUGGGCUGCAAUUUGUGAGGUGCAGUUAUCUCUAAUGAACUUAUCCUCUGCAGCAGAGGUAACUCUGGGUCUUCCUUUUCUGUGGCGGUCCUCAUGAGAGCCAGUUUCAUCAUAGUGCUUGAUGGUUUUUGCGAUUGCAUUUGAAGAAACUAAAAAAAUUCUUGAAAUUUUCCACAUUGACUGACCUUCAUAUUUUAAAACAAUAAUGGAUUGUAAUUUCUCUUUGCUUAUUUGAGCUGUUCUUGCCAUAAUAUGGACUUGGUCUUUUACCAAAUAGGUCUAUCUUUUGUAUACCACCCUUAACUUGUCACAUAACAACUGAUUGGCUCAAAUGCAUUAAGGAAAGAAAUUCCACAAAUUAACUUUUAACAAAGCACACCUGUUAAUCGAAAUGCAUUCCAGGUGACUACCUCAUGAAGCUGGUUGAGAGAAUGCCAAGAGUGUGCAAAGCUGUCAUCAAGGCAAAGGGUGGCUACUUUGAAGAAUCUCAAAUAUAAAAUAUAUUUUGAUUUGGUUAAUACAUGAUUCCAUAUGUGUUAUUUCAUAGUUUUGAUGUCUUCACUAUUCUACAAUGUAGAAAAUACACUGCUCAAAAAAAUAAAGGGAACACUUAAACAACACAAUGU